UUCCUUUCCGUCUCUGGCCGGCUGGGCGCGGGCGACUGCUGGCGAGGCGCGUGGAACCUCGCGCUGGUUCCUCUCGGUCUCCUCUCCCGGCCCGGGCCACUAAGGAGUUCGCUGACGCCGGGUGAGCUGAGCCUGCCGCCAAGAUGCCGGCCUAUUUCCAGAGGCCGGAAAAUGCCCUCAAACGCGCCAACGAAUUUCUUGAGGUUGGAAAAAAGCAGCCUGCUUUGGAUGUUCUUUAUGAUGUUAUGAAAAGUAAGAAACACAGAACAUGGCAAAAGAUACACGAGCCAAUUAUGUUGAAAUACUUGGAACUUUGUGUGGAUCUUCGCAAGAGCCAUUUGGCUAAAGAGGGAUUAUACCAGUAUAAGAACAUUUGUCAACAGGUGAACAUCAAAUCUCUAGAGGAUGUUGUUAGGGCAUAUUUGAAAUUGGCAGAGGAAAAAACUGAAGCUGCUAAAGAAGAAUCUCAGCAGAUGGUUCUCGACAUAGAAGAUCUGGAUAAUAUUCAAACUCCUGAGAGUGUUCUUCUAAGUGCUGUAAGUGGUGAAGACACUCAGGAUCGUACUGACAGACUACUUUUAACUCCAUGGGUUAAAUUCCUUUGGGAAUCGUAUAGACAGUGUUUGGACCUUCUUCGAAAUAAUUCUAGAGUAGAGCGUCUCUACCAUGAUAUUGCCCAACAAGCUUUCAAAUUCUGCCUCCAGUAUACCCGUAAGGCUGAAUUCCGUAAGCUGUGUGACAAUUUGAGAAUGCACUUGUCACAGAUUCAACGCCACCAUAACCAAAGUACAGCAAUCAAUCUUAAUAAUCCCGAGAGCCAGUCCAUGCAUUUGGAGACCAGGCUCGUUCAGUUGGACAGUGCCAUCAGCAUGGAAUUGUGGCAGGAAGCAUUCAAAGCUGUGGAAGAUAUUCAUGGGCUAUUCACCUUGUCUAAGAAACCACCUAAACCUCAGUUGAUGGCAAAUUACUAUAACAAAGUCUCAACUGUAUUUUGGAAAUCUGGAAAUGCUCUUUUUCAUGCAUCUACACUCCAUCGUCUUUACCAUCUAUCCAGAGAAAUGAGAAAGAAUCUUACACAGGAAGAGAUGCAAAGAAUGUCUACUAGAGUCCUUUUGGCCACUCUUUCCAUCCCUAUUACCCCUGAACGUACAGAUAUUGCUCGACUUCUGGAUAUGGACGGCAUUAUAGUUGAAAAACAACGUCGCCUUGCAACGCUGCUAGGUCUUCAAGCCCCACCAACACGAAUUGGCCUUAUUAACGAUAUGGUCAGAUUCAAUGUAUUACAGUAUGUUGUUCCUGAAGUGAAAGACCUUUACAAUUGGCUGGAAGUAGAAUUUAACCCGUUAAAACUCUGUGAGAGAGUCACAAAGGUUCUCAACUGGGUUAGGGAACAACCUGAGAAGGAACCAGAACUGCAGCAGUAUGUCCCUCAGCUGCAGAGCAACACUAUCCUUCGCCUUCUGCAGCAGGUGGCACAAAUUUAUCAGAGCAUUGAGUUUUCUCGUUUGACUUCUCUGGUUCCUUUUGUUGAUGCUUUCCAACUGGAACGGGCUAUCGUAGAUGCUGCCAGGCACUGUGACCUGCAGGUUCGUAUUGACCACACUUCUCGGACCCUUAGUUUUGGUUCGGACUUGAAUUAUGCUACUCGAGAAGAUGCUCCAAUUGGUCCUCAUUUGCAAAGCAUGCCUUCGGAACAGAUCAGAAAUCAGCUGACGGCGAUGUCGUCAGUACUUGCAAAGGCACUUGAAGUCAUUAAGCCAGCUCAUAUUCUGCAAGAGAAAGAAGAACAGCAUCAGUUGGCUGUCACCGCAUACCUUAAAAAUUCACGAAAGGAGCAUCAGCGUAUCCUGGCUCGCCGUCAGACAAUUGAGGAAAGGAAAGAGCGCCUUGAGAGUCUGAAUAUUCAGCGUGAGAAAGAAGAAUUGGAGCAGAGGGAAGCUGAGCUUCAAAAAGUAAGGAAAGCUGAAGAAGAGAGGCUGCGGCAGGAGGCCAAGGAGAGAGAGAAGGAGCGCAUCUUACAGGAACAUGAACAAAUCAAAAAGAAAACUGUUCGUGAGCGUUUGGAGCAGAUCAAGAAAACGGAACUGGGUGCCAAAGCAUUCAAAGAUAUUGAUAUUGAAGAUCUGGAAGAAUUGGAUCCAGAUUUCAUCAUGGCUAAACAGGUUGAACAACUAGAGAAAGAGAAGAAGGAACUUCAGGAACGCCUGAAGAAUCAAGAAAAGAAGAUUGAUUAUUUUGAAAGAGCUAAACGCUUGGAGGAAAUCCCUUUGAUAAAGAGUGCAUAUGAAGAACAGAGGAUUAAAGACAUGGAUCUGUGGGAACAGCAAGAAGAAGAAAGAAUUACUACCAUGCAACUAGAACGUGAGAAGGCUCUUGAACAUAAGAAUCGAAUGUCACGGAUGCUUGAAGACAGAGAUUUAUUUGUAAUGCGACUCAAGGCCGCACGACAGUCUGUUUAUGAGGAAAAACUUAAACAGUUUGAGGAGAGACUAGCAGAAGAAAGGCAUAAUCGCUUGGAAGAACGUAAAAGGCAGCGUAAAGAAGAACGCAGAAUAACCUACCACAGAGAAAAAGAAGAGGAGGAACAGAGGAGGGCAGAAGAACAGAUGUUAAAAGAGCGUGAGGAGAGAGAGCGUGCUGAGCGGGCCAAACGUGAGGAAGAACUCCGAGAGUAUCAGGAGCGGGUCAAAAAAUUAGAAGAAGUAGAAAGGAAAAAACGCCAAAGAGAGCUGGAAAUUGAAGAAAGGGAACGACGUAGAGAGGAAGAGCGGAGACUUGGGGACGACCCACUUUCUAGAAAGGACUCUCGUUGGGGAGAUAGAGAUUCAGAAGGCACAUGGAGAAAAGGACCUGAAGUAGAUUCCGAGUGGAGAAGAGGCCCACCAGAGAAGGAGUGGAGACGUGGAGAGGGGCGGGAUGAGGAGCGGCCUCAUAGAAGAGAGGACGACCGACCCAGGCGCCUGGGGGACGAGGAAGAGAGAGAGUCUUCUCUCCGAGCGGAUGAUGAUCGCAUUCCCCGGCGUGGCAUGGAUGAGGACAGAGGUCCCAGACGUGGCCUUGAUGAAGACCGGUUCGCGCGCCGGGCGGCAGAUGAUGACCGGCCUUCCUGGCGCAGCGCGGACGACGACAGGCCUCCCAGACGGAUCGGCGAUGAAGACAGGGGCAGCUGGCGCCACGCGGAUGACGAUAGACCCCCUAGACGGGGACUGGACGAGGACAGAGGAAGCUGGCGAACAGCCGAUGAGGACAGAGGACCAAGACGUGGGAUGGAUGAGGACCGGGGGCCCCGGCGAGGAGGUGCGGAUGACGAGCGGUCUUCCUGGCGUAAUGCUGACGACGACCGGGGCCCCAGGCGCGGGCUGGACGACGACCGAGGACCUUGGAGGAACGCUGAUGACGACAGAAUUUCCAGACGUGGCGCAGAUGAUGACCGGGGGCCUUGGAGAAACACGGACGACGAUCGGAUUCCCAGAAGGGGCGAGGACUCAAGGCCUGGUCCCUGGAGACCGUUUGUCAAGCCAGGUGGAUGGAGAGAGAAAGAAAAGGCCAGAGAAGAGAGUUGGGGUCCACCUCGAGAAUCGAGACCAUCAGAAGAACGUGAAUGGGAUAGAGAGAAAGAAAGAGAGCGAGAUAACCAAGAUCGUGAUGAAAACGACAAGGACCCAGAGAAAGAAAGAGACCGAGACCGAGAAAGGGACAGAGAGCGAGAGGGGGAUCGAGAGGACCGCUUCAGACGGCCUAGGGACGAAGGUGGCUGGAGAAGAGGACCGGCGGAGGAAUCCUCGAGCUGGAGAGACUCCGCUCGCCGAGAUGAUCGGGAUCGGGAUGACCGUCGUCGGGAGAGAGAUGAUCGCCGUGACCUGAGAGAGAGGCGAGAUGACAGAGACCGAAGAGGACCGCCUCUCAGAUCAGAACGGGAAGAAGUAAGUUCUUGGAGACGCGCCGAUGACAGGAAAGAUGAGCGGGUGGAAGAGCGGGAAGCCCCUCGUCGUGUUCCUCCCCCAGCUCUUUCAAGGGACCGAGAAAGAGACCGAGAAAGGGAAAGAGAAGGCGAAAAAGAGAAGUCCUCGUGGAGAGCUGAGAAAGAUCGGGAAUCUCUUCGUCGUACUAAAAACGAGACUGAUGAGGAUGGAUGGACCACGGUACGACGUUAAAUCUCAAGAUAAUGGAUUCAAACUCAUGUCUCACAUAGGUUUGGCCACAUUCAAGGAUUAUUAUACUUGUGCUUCAACCAGUCUAAAUUGGAUUCUUUAAUGUUGUCUCACCAUAACACAAAAAGCAUGAACUUGCAUUAAUCCUCUAUAAUAGAUUGAUCAUGCAUCGUACCCACAGGAGGUUGGACGACGAGGCCAUUUUCUGGAAUUUAAGGUGUUGCAUUAUUUCAUCAAUCAUUUGUUUACAAAAGAGAAAAACUAAAAAAUAAAUUUAAAAUGUGAACCCUUCA